AUGUUGCAAAACACUUUGUCAGAACACAGCGUAACACCACCUCGUGGAGUCAUCGCUCCGCUGAAGGUGGUGAGCCACAUAAACUCUGUCCAAGCGAUAAGUGUUCGCGCAUGCGCAGUACAGACCACAAACCCGUUUUCAACUCGGCCAUACGAUGGCGCCGGAACGCUGCAAAUAAACUAUUGGCGAGAAUGCACGCAGUCUCGUUGGGUGCUGAGAACAGUACAAAACGGUUACAGACUGCAGUUUGCAACUUCUCCCCCGCAGUUCAAGGGAAUCAUUUAUUCUCAGGUGCGGGGAGCAUUAGUACAUGUUCUUCAGGAAGAGAUUACCUCACUGCUGAACAAAAAGGCAAUAAGAGUGGUCCCACCCGAGGAAAGUCACAAUGGGUUUUACUCGAGAUACUUCCUAGUCCCGAAAAAAGGGACUCGAGCUCUCCGCCCCAUAUUAGAUCUUCGCACACUGAACAAAUACCUAAGGAAGUACAAGUUCAGAAUGCUCACCCAUUCUACACUUCUGAAACUGGUGCGCCCAGGCGAUUGGUUUACAUCAAUCGACCUGAAAGAUGCAUAUUUUCACAUAAAAAUAUAUCCACCCCACAGGAAAUUUCUGAGGUUUGCAUUCCUUGGCGUGGCAUACGAAUAUCUAGUCCUUCCCUUCGGCUUAUCUCUCAGUCCGAGGGUAUUUGUGAAAUGUACAGAAGCGGCCCUAGCUCCGCUCAGGGAAAAAGGCAUUCGUCUCGCUACUUACAUAGACGACUGGCUGGUGACGGCUCAAUCAGAGCACAAAGCGAGAGAUCACACAGCCAUGCUCCUAACUAUUAGGUCUGAUGGCCUCAGCUCUAAUAGUCAUUCCCUUAGGCAGACUAUUUAUGAGAGAGUUUCAACGCUGGGUAGCUUCUCUGAGACUAGACCCGUUACGGCACUCCCGGAGGAGAGUGAGAGUGACGUCCGCCGCAGUCUUGGCACUGCGUCACUGGCGGCGCCCGUGCUUUCUGGUACAAGGGGCACCGAUGGGCGUUGUCCAGACCAGGAAGGUCAUAACGACGGACGCGUCGUUGUCCGGUUGGGGGGGCAUUCACGAGGGCAGGGCAGUGAACGGGAGAUGGGGUCCCCAUCUGAGCCACUGUCACAUAAACUACUUGGAAAUGCUGGCCGUCUUUCUGACGUUGAAGCAUUUUCUUCCUUUUCUGAAAGGACAUCAUGUUCUCGUGAGAACGGACAACACUACAGUUGUGGCAUACAUAAACAGACAGGGAGGUCUCAGAUCACUCCCUUUACACAUGUUGGCACGCAAACUGAUUUUGUGGAGCAAUGCCAGUCUUUUAUCCCUGAGAGCUACACACGUACAAGGCAUAAUGAACCGGGGUGCGGAUAUGCUGUCCAGGGGAAAUCCCCUUUAUGGAGAGUGGAAGCUGAACACGGAAGUGGUUGGCCAAAUUUGGAGCAUUUUCGGCAGAGCGACAGUGGAUCUGUUCGCGUCACAGGACAAUGCUCAGUGCCCUCUGUUCUUCUCUCUGAAGGAUCAGAGCGCGCCUCUAGGAAUAGACGCACUAGCGCACGAGUGGCCUCGCGUUCUCCUGUACGCGUUCCCACCGAUUGCGUUGAUAUCUCCAGCCCUUCACAGAGUGAGGGAGGAGGGGCUGAGAAUGAUACUGGUGGCUCCGCGGUGGCCGGGGAAAUUUUGGCUGGCGGAGAUCAUACAUAUGCUUUACGCAGAGCCGUGGUCCCUGCCACUGCGCAGGGAUCUGCUGUCACAGGCGGGGGGGGAGAUAUUUCAUCCUCAUCCAGAACGCCUGGCACUGUGGGCCUGGCCAGUGAAUGGCUAAAUAUGAAUGCAGCUGGUCUGCCAGACAGUGUCAUCAGAACCAUACAGAAUUCCAGGGCCCUGUCCACUCGGUCACUCUACGAAUGUAAAUGGGGCGUGUUUGAGCGUUGGUGCGCGGCUAGACACGUAAUCCCUUUUCAGUGUUCAGUGGCAGUUAUCCUAUCGUUUCUGCAGGAUAUGAUAGAUCAGGGUAAGGCAUUCUCAACAGUAAAGGUGUUUCUUGCCGCAAUAUCUGCCUGUCAUGUAGGUUUUGAUAACAAAACUGUGGGGCAGCACCCUUUGGUAUGCCGGUUUAUGAAGGGUGCGCGUCGCGCUUUGCCAGUUUCGAAACCGAUCUCUCCGUCAUGGGAUUUGGUUCUGGUGCUUGAUGCGCUUUCUGUGUCUCCAUUUGAGCCAUUGGACAAAGCUGACCUGAAAUUAUUGUCGUUUAAGACGGCGCUGCUGUUAGCUUUGGCUUCAGCGAAGCGCGUAAGUGAAAUUCACGCACUUUCUGUGAAUUCAGCGUGUACGCAAUUUAUGCCAGGGGACGCAGGGGUGCUUUUGAAACCUAAUCCUGUUUUUAUGCCCAAAGUGGUCAAUUCUAUUGUUCCUCUCAAGUUAAGAGCCUUUAACCCACCGCCUUUUGCUUCAGCAGAACAGCAAAGGCUGAAUACGUUGUGUCCGGUGCGUGCUCUGCGCAUUUACACUGAGAGGACUAAAGUGUUCAGAGAGAGUGAUCAGCUGUUUGUGUCUUGGGCGAAGCCGCGUACGGGGAAGCCGAUUACUAAACAGCGUUUAUCCCACUGGAUAGUGGAGGCAAUUUCUCUUGCAUAUUCCAGUAAGGGUCUUACGCCUCCGUCUGGUUUACGUGCUCAUUCAACAAGAGGAAUGUCAACGACAUGGGCCCUCUUUAAGGGGGUCACGUUACAAGAUAUCUGUGAAGCGGCGAGUUGGUCCUCACCGCACACAUUUGCGAGGUUCUAUAAACUGGAUGUUACAGCUCAAACGUUUGCACAUGCCGUUUUGAGCGUUGGAUCUUAAGUGUUGACCAGCCCUAUAUUAGUGUUUUUGGGUGGCAGGAGACUUCGAGACAGGCUAUCUGGCAAUACGGGAGUUAGGAUAUCCCAUAGUGAGACACCGAAACGUAUGCUUGAAAGAGAACAAUAGGUUACUUGCGUAACCCCGGUUCUCUGAUAGCAUUAAGUGAGGUGUCUCACCAGAUCACCCUCCUUGCUGUGUGAAGCGAGGAAGAGGUAUGCUUGUUUUGAAUGUCGUAAUGACGUUGCGUCGCUCGUUUUAUACCAAGAGGAGGGAGCCACUCCCUGACGCAACGUCAUGACUGCCAGCCAAUUGGGGCUGGCGUAAUGGUAUUGGGCUUCUGAGGAAUACGCGGAAGGGGCGUAUCCCAUAGUGAGACACCUCACUUAAUGCUAUCAGAGAACCGGGGUUACGCAAGUAACCUAUUG